AUUUUCAAGUUAAACAAAACCUAUCAGUCUCAGUAUUUGUUCAAAUUCCAUGGCUACGAUUAAAAGGCGUUUGAGAAUCCUUCAAGUCGAGGAAACUAUUUUAUUGCCUAGAAGUUGAAUCAGAUUCCUACUUAAAUUUCAAUGAUACAAGGUAGUUAGUCUUUUUCUAUUAAACUUUAAUUCGAGAUUGUAGUUUUUACACUGACAGAAGCACAUGAUUCGGCUUUUAUAUCUGCGUUUCAAUAUCUAUAUUAGGGACCAAUUAACUACUUAACGACGAUCACACAAUAUUAGCCUACAACAGAAGAACAAUAACAAGAAUCUAUUUUCAAGUCAUUUGACAAUCAACACAUCAAACAACUAUUUGUUUAGUAAUAAUAUUGAAUACAAAUAACUAAAAACAAUAUUUGAGUACAGAUACGUCAAAGUAAGCAUGAAGUUCCAUACAGUAACGUUGAGGUUGCUGUUGACUGCGUUACUCCUGAGCGCGGCUACAUCAGGAAACAACUCGACCGAAAUCAAUUUGCAUCAUCAAACCUACACCGAUGACGCGGUUAGUGCAACUCCACCGACUUCCAGCGUGAGUUCAACAUCAGCCCCAAGUUUCGAUCCCACAUCGGAAUCAUCCACGCUAGAAGAAAAUAUUUCAACAUCAUCAAAGUUCGAUACCCCGACAACAGUUAGCAGCAGACCCCGGCACAGAACUCCUACUACAGUUUACACUUCUAUUUUCCAGUACGCUUGUCCACCAGAUUUCUUACGUCUUGGCAAUGGUUGUUAUUAUUUCAGUAAAGAAAUGGCCACGUGGACCAUCGCUCACUUCGAGUGCCGAGCGAAGGACAGCCAACUGAUGGCCAUCGAGACCGCGUGGGAGGACGGACUCAUGCGACGACAUCUCAGCAUGCAUGCCAUGACGCGCUUGAACCGCUGGAUCGGUGGCAUAUAUGACUGGAGUCAGGAGGAGUGGGUGUGGGGCGGCUCAGGAGAUGUGAUGCACUACCGCGGUUUCCUGAAGGAGGCUACGCAGAGCAGGCGGUGGCAGUGUGCGUAUAUGGCGCCUGAACUCUACUACCGCUGGCAGCGUACGCAGUGCACGCACACCAUGCACUACAUAUGCGAGGCACCCUUCACUAGGAUGCCUAGACCAGUGUGAAGUGAACAACGCAUACAGAGAAAACUUACUGAGGCACUCACAAGACAUGUCACUUACUGAGGCACUCACAAGACAUGUCCCUUACUGAGACACUCACAAGACACGUCACUUACUGAGGCACUCACAAGACAUGUCACUUACUGAGGCACUCACAAGACACGUCACUUACUGAGGCACUCACAAGACACGUCACUUACUGAGACACUCACAAGACAUGUCACUUACUGAGGCACUCACAAGACACGUCACUUACUGAGGCACUCACAAGACACGUCCUUCAGAUAUAAGCAUCACAUAAAAAUAUACGAACAUCCACUAUAAACAUGAACAGUUCAUCCUGCAAUGCCACAACUUGGGCUAGAGCAAAUACGCGUGCUGACCUUACGUCGUAACGCGGGCUUCUUGACGUGACGGACCACAGCAACAACAUUAGCAGCAAGAACAGGAGCAACAACAGCAAC